GCCAUGGAAAGAACCACAAAGAUGCAGCAUCUGUGCGAGCCACACACCCCAUUCCCGCCGCCUGUGGGAUCUACUACUUCGAAGUGAAGAUUGUCAGUAAAGGUCGAGACGGCAUGGUGUCCAGCUACCUGGUGCAUCAUGGGUACUGCGCCACCGCCACAGCGUUCGCCAGAGCCACAGAGACCGACAUCCAAGAGGACCAGUCAUCUAUAAAGAAUAGACAAAGAAUACAGAAGCUGGUUUUGGCGGGAAGGGUCGGCGAAGCCAUAGACGCCACUCAGCAGUUCUACCCCAGCCUGUUAGAGCGCAACCCCAACCUCCUGUUUAUGUUGAAGUGUCGUCAGUUUGUGGAGAUGGUGAACGGAACCGACAGCGAGGUCCACUGCCUCACCGUCCGCUCGCCCAAGUCCCAGGACAGUUACCCCGGGUCGCCCAGCUUCAGUCCCAGGCACACAGCCAGCAACACACACCUGCACAGCUCAGGUGCAGACAGCCCCACCUGCAGUAACGGGGUGACUCUCUCCAAGUCUAAGAACCACGGCAGCAGCUUGAAGUACCCCAGCGCCUCCUCCUCCGCCUGCUCCUCCUCCUCCUCCUCCCCCUCCUCCAUAAACUACUCAGAGUCCAACUUCUCCGACUCCACCAAGAGUCAGCCGCACAGCACCAACAGCACACAGGAAACCAGCGACAGUGAGAUGGAGAUGGAGGCGGAGCACUACACCAACGGCGUGGUGGAGGGGUCGACGGCGCGGAUCAUGAACGGGACGUACAAACACGAAGAGAUCCUCCAGCCCGACGACAACAGCAUCUGCAACGGGGUGGCAGAGUCCCAGAACCUGCCCAAACAGCCCCCCCUGAUGUUGGCGCUGGGCCAGGCCACGGAGUGCGUUCAGCUCAUGGGUCGGGUCCGCUCCGGGUCCUGCUCCUUCGCCAGAGUCGACUACUUCCUGCGCUAGCCCUCGCUCAGGUUUACGGCGCGCAGCACUGACAGGAGGCGUGUCCAGUUGUCACGGCGUUGGUGGGCGAGCAUUCGUCUGAUUGGCCGACGCACCGACAGAGAAGGGAGGAAGGCUUCCUAUUUAAUUUAGUAUUAUCAAAUAAAGAAACGUGUGACACUAUUUAAAGAUUA